AUGCCCUCUCUCCAACACGCCGCCCUCAUCUUGGGCGUCGUCGCGACAACUUCCGCCGGCACGCUCUCGGUUCCUCUCGAACGCAGAAAUCCAAGCGUCGAAAACUACCAUGCAAUUGCUCGCGCUAUUGUCCGCCGUGCCACCGGUAACGGCACCACCGAGUUGACUGCCCUGAACAACAUCACCGCUGCUGGUUACUAUGCCGAUUUCUCCAUUGGCACGCCCGGCCAAAAGAUUACCUUCCAGCUCGACACCGGCAGCAGCGAUACCUGGAUGAACUCUCCCGAUACUUCAUACUGCAGAAGCACAUCCCAGCAGUCGCAAAUGGGCUACUGCACCGCUACUUUCAAUCCUGAUAACAGCAAGACGUACAAGCUAGUCAGUGAAGGCGGCUUCGACAUCACCUAUCUCGACCAGCGACACAUUACCGGCGACUACUUCAACGACACCGUCACAAUUCAAGGCCAUGAAAUCACCAACCAACAGCUUGGCCUCGCCCUCAGAUCCGUGCGCCCCACCGGUAUCAUGGGCCUUGGCUUCAGCAACAAUGUCGCUACAACCAAGAAGUAUCCCACCAUCAUUGACAACAUGGUUGACCAGGGCAUUAUUGCCCAUCCCAGCUUCAGCUUGUACCUGAACGACCUGGACGCCAAAUCUGGCACUAUCCUCUUCGGCGGCAUCGACUCUGCCAAGUUCCUCUCCAACCUCGCUACUCUCCCUCUAAAGCCAAUGCCCAACGCCCAGGGCACAAACGUAACCUCUUACGCCGUUGCCAUCAAAGGUAUCUCCGUCAAAGGCGUCACCGUCCCCUCAGCGGCUUCCCAGUCCGUCGGCAUCAUGGACUCCGGCUCUACCAUUUCCCUCAUCCCCGACGACGUUGUCGAGCCCAUCCAGAAGAAAUUCGGAGUCGUAGCCCUCAAGGUCCAGGGCCAGGCUGUGCCCCCCAUGAUUGACUGCGCCUGGAGAGGCAGCAAGGGCAAUGGCAUCGUCAUCAACUUUGACUUUGACGGCAAGACUAUCAAGGUGCCUAUCGAGGAGAUGGCCAUUGACAACCUCCCCGAGGAACUCCAGCAGAUCAUCAAAAGCAACGAUGCUCCCCAAGAAUUCAAGGACUGGAGCCGUGCAUGUCUCUUUGGUCUGGGCGCCUCCUCAGCAUACGGCGUCAAGACUGACAAGUUCUACCUCUUGGGCGACACUUUCCUGCGCUCUGCCUACGUAGCCUACGACAUGGCCAACAAGCAGAUUGGUCUGGCCCAAGCCAACGUCAAUGCUACUGGAUCCAAUGUUGUCGAGAUUCAAAAGGACGCCAAGACUUUCCCGGACGUGAAGGGUUCCGAUGCCCCUGGUCCUGACGAGAAGGACAGCGCCGUUAGCCGCGUUACCCCAUCCUUGAUUGCUGCCGCUCUCAUGAGCAUCGCGGUCGUCUUUUCUGCCCUGUAA